AUGGGCCCGAAGGUAUUUCUAACUGGUACUACAGGGUACAUUGGGGGCGAUGCUCUCUACGUAAUUUCACAGAAGCACCCAGAAUGGGAGCUCACUGCGCUGGUUCGAAAUAGUGACAAGGGCGCCAAAAUUGCUGCAGCUCAUCCCACAGUCCGCCUUGUCUAUGGAGAUCUUGACUCUGUAGAAUUGAUUGAAGAGGAAGCCGCCAAUAGUGACAUUGUCUAUCAUUUUGCAAACUGUGACCAUGAACCGUCUGCCACGGCCAUCGCAAAAGGUCUUGCUCGACGUGAGACGCCUGGCCCGGGAUACUGGAUACAUACAUCAGGCACGGGAAUAUUGGGAAUCGAGACACUGGCUACCGGGGCAUUUGGCGAUUUGCUACCGAAAGUCUACGAUGAUUGGGAUGGCAUCGAGGAAUUGAAGUCUCAUCCUGACGAAGCUCCCCAUCGCAAAGUCGACAAGAUCGUUCUUUCUUCUUACUCGGACAAAGUCAAAACAGCAAUCGUUUGUCCUCCAUGCAUCUAUGGUCCAGGUCGGGGACCGGACAACCAACGCUCGAUUCAGGCGUACAGAAUCACGGAAGCUUUUCUCAAACAUGGGCGAGGAUUUAAGAUAGGAAAGAGUGAAAACAUCUGGCACGGUAUUCAUGUCCAAGAUCUGUCAGACCUCUAUCUUUUGCUGGGCGAGGCAGCUAUAAAUGGAGGCGAUCCAGCAACGUGGAACGAAGAAGGCUACUAUCUCGCGGAAAACCAGUCCUUCGUAUGGGGCGACAUUCUACAGGAGAUUGCCAAAAUUGCUGCGAAAGAAGGCCUCCUUCCAGAUGGUACUUUGGAAGAGAGCACACCUGAGGUGGGAGACACCUAUAUGGCGAGGGCCAAGUAUUUCGCUGGCACAAAUUCAAGAGGUAUAUCUCUCAGGGGCAAGAAAUUGUUAGGAUGGAAGCCAAACCGGUGCAGUCUUCAGGAAGAGCUGCCAGCGGUCGUCAAGGGCGAAGCGAGUCUCUUGGGUUUGCUCAAGAGUCAUGCUGAAAAGGUCCAAGAGUGA